AUGGGUGCACUGACCUGUGAUGAUUUACACAUAAACUUCACUCAGGAAGAGUGGGCCUUGCUGGACCCAUCUCAGCAGAGACUUUACAAAGAUGUGAUGCUGGAGACCUACAGGAACCUCACCGCUAUAGGAUACAAUUGGGAAGACCAUGAUAUUGAAGAACAUUUCCAAAGUGAUAGAAGACAUGGAAGGCAUGUAAGAAGUCAUGCUGGAGAGAAAUCAUAUGAAUAUACACAAUGUAAUAAGGCCUUCACAUGUCACAGUCAUCUUCAAAAGCGCAAAAGAAUUCAAACUGGAGAGAAAUCCUCUGAAGCACGUAGUAGUCUACAAAAACGUAAAAGAACAGAUACUGUUGACAGACUCUACAAAUGUAAUCAAUGUGAAAAAGCCUUUUCACGACAUAGCUAUGUUCAAAUACAUGAAAGAACACAUACUGGAGAGAAACCCUAU